ACAACCACAACUUCAAUGAUAAACUUAGGGUACAAAUUGGCAGAUCGUAAACAUAUGAACAUAUUUAGCAAAAUAGAGAAACUCGCCAAAUCUGAAGAAAACAACAACUGUUUAGAAUCCUGAGCAAUUCAGCAAUGUAUGAUCCCAACAAUGAGAAGUACAGAUCAUCAACAACCAAAUAUUAGUAACAACGCAAGUAGACGUACGAGACAUAAGGUCCCAAAAUCAUUUUGUAAGCUAAACAUUGUCGGAUGUUCAGUAGCUUAGGGAAAAAGAAAGAUAAGACUGUUUCAACGGGUAGCAGAACAAGUUCUGAUACACAGUUAGGACUUGAGAAUUUUCAAUUGCCAAUGGCUGUUCCUCUCUUUAGCUCAACAAUAAGACCCCACACGCUUCACACCUUCCAUAUAUUACUCUUCCAUAUAUUGCUUUCAUCCCUCUCUCUUUCCUAAUGAAGAAUUUAAAACCAGAAACUUUCACUUCCCCAUGACCAAAUCGCCGUAAAUGGCACUUGUAUAUGUCUUCAUCUUCUUCACAACCUUCUUCUCUUUGCUGACACCCAACGGUGUAGUUGUCAAUGGCCUCGGAUUAGCUUCCACCACUGCCAUUGUAUAUGGCACUUCAACUAUCUGUGGCAUUGUAGCCAACCACCGAACACAGUUUAUACAAUGCUACCAAAACAACCGGACUAUUUUAGUUCAACCCUCUGUCUCGUUUGAAGCAAUAUCUGGUGGGAAGACCUUCUUUUGUGGUCUCCGGUCCGGUGGCUUUAGCCUUUUCUGCUGGGACACCAGCUCAGUUAGCUUCAAUCCUAGACGUAUAUACCACAGUAAUGACGUACGGUUGACUGAUCUAACGGUUGGUGAUGAUCAAGUUUGUGCCAGAGAGGUCAACUCCAGCAUAGUCAGGUGCUGGAGAGGAGGGGCUUUGUUUCACUCACCUGGGGAGGCAUUGAAGUUCAAGUCAGUCACAUCUGGAAGUGGCUUCUCAUGUGGGAUUUUGAUGGAUGGAAGCAGAGUCCUCUGUUGGGGUAAUGGUAUUGGAGCUGAGAUUCAAAGAGGGUUUGAGAAUAUGUCAAUGUCGAGCCUAAUCGCUGGAGAGUCUCAUGCUUGUGGCUCAAGGAAAAGUGGAACUUGGGUCUGCAAAGGGAAUAAUGAUUCCGGGCAAUUGAAUGUACCUUAUGGUGCUUCAUUUUUCAUGUUUUCAGGCCUUGCAUUGGGAGCAAAUUUUACUUGUGCUAUAAGGCAAAGCAAUGGUUAUAUUGUAUGCUGGGGUCAUAAUGUUUUUGUUGGAAAUGUUUCGUUUGAGUCGAUUGUUGCAGGUUUGAAUUUUGUAUGUGGACUAACAAGAAGUAAUCUUUCAGUCAUUUGUUGGGGACCAGGAUGGUCUAGUUCUGGAAAUCAUGUUACUUUGGGAUCGAUCAUUCCAGGUCCAUGCGUACAAACUUCAUGCAGUCGCUGUGGUUUGUACCCAAACUCGGAUACUCUUUGUGGUGGGUCGGGGAACAUAUGCAACUCAUGCCAGGCUGAGCUUCCAGUUGUAGUGCCUUUGCUCCCAAGAAGUCCACUGGAACAAGGUUCUUCACCAUCCAUAGGAAGAAAUAAGCUUCUGUUGACUUUCAUGAUAGUUGGAUCCAUUGGGGGUUUUGCGGGAUUUUGCACUAUUAUUUUCUGCAUAUGGAUUAGACUAUGCAGUUCUUGGUUCAACAGUCCGGAGUCUGAGCAACUCAUAAGUGCUGCAGACCGCAAUUUCGGUGCUGCGGUUGAGAUCCAAACUGUUCCUGGUGCUCCCUCACAGCACUUGAGAAGUAGUUCAUCAUCAAAGCAUGCAUAUAAGACUGAAGAAUUUUUACUAGCAGAACUUUCUGCUGCCACUAAGCAUUUCUCAAUCCAAAACAAGAUCGGUGAUGGGAGCUUUGGUAUUGUAUACAGAGGCAAGCUCUCCGAUGGUCGCGAAGUGGCCAUCAAGAGAGCAGAUACUAGUACAAAAACCAAGAAAUUCCAGGAGAAAAGAAGUGCAUUUGAUUCUGAACUAGCAUUGCUGUCUCGGCUUCACCACAAGCAUCUGGUAAAGCUAGUGGGAUCAUGUGAAGAUAAAGAUGAGAGGCUUUUGGUCUACGAGUACAUGAGCAACGGUUCACUUCAUGAUCACUUGCAUAACAAGAAGAAUGUGGAGAAAAAUAGCAGCAUUGUGAACUCUUGGAGAACGAGGAUGAGAAUAGCAUUGGAUGCUGCAAGGGGGAUUGAGUAUCUUCACACUUAUGCGGUGCCUCCAAUAAUUCACCGAGACAUCAAGUCUUCUAACAUUCUCUUGGAUGCAGACAUGACAACAAGAGUAUCUGAUUUCGGGCUGUCAUUGUUGGGGCCAGCAUCUGAUCAAGAAAUCAUGUCAUCAAAGGCGGUUGGGACAGUAGGUUACAUUGAUCCUGAGUACUAUAUACUAAACGUUUUGACAGCAAAGAGCGAUGUCUAUGGCUUUGGAGUGGUAUUGUUGGAGCUUUUGACAGGGAAGAAGGCUGUUUUCAAUGACAGUGAAGAAGGAACAGACCUAAUUGGUUUGGUGGAAUAUUCAGGGACAAGGAUAAUGGCAGGAGAGCUGCAAAGCUUGUUGGAUAAAAGGGUUGGGCAACUGGAACCAAACGAGGUCGAAGCACUUCAGCUGGUGGCUUAUACUGCUAUGCAUUGUGUCAAUUUAGAGGGGAAAGAAAGGCCUGGUAUGACUGACAUCGUUGCCAAUUUGGAGAGAGCAGUUGCUCUUUCUGAACAGGAACCUAGCUAGUAGCUUCUCUACCUCCACAAUUUUCUUUCCUCGCUGUAAAAUUGU